UGAAAGAGAUAGAAUUCGACUGAGACCACUUCAGAGAACUGUCUGUGUACUUUGAUGCGAAUGCCGGAGAUCUAUGCAUUGAUUUGCUACAACAAUUUGAACAUGGCGUUUGUAUGUUAUUUCCCUGGUUGUAGUUACUCUGAUAGACGUCUUCAUGCAUGGAAAGAUGCCUUCAUCUUGACCGGGGCAUAUUGGGCAUAGACAUGUUGAAAUCCUCAGAUACAGAAACCACUGUACAUAGUCCCCGCGCUGUCUUUAGCUAUGGCAACCCCUCGACACGAUUGGAAGGGAUCAAUCACAUCAAGAAUCUACGGGCUUGUCGUCGAUGCGAAACAGCAAAUCUGAAGGAAGAUUCACGGGGUGUUUCGCCCCCGGGUCACCUGCGCCUUCCUCUUCCUCUUCCCCUUCCCUUUUUCUUCCACUGCCACUUCCCCCCCUGCAUCUUCCAAUCUUUCCGUCUUUCCAUCUUCCCAUCGGCUCAUCGGCUCAUCUGCCCAACUGCCCACCCACCCAGAGUCAGACCAGUUCGGUACCUGCUGAUCCAUUCCCUGACCCACCGUUCGUGGGAUGCGAUCCACUGAAGCAAUCUGCCGAAACACAUGGGUGGCUUUUGCUGCCGGUGGAACCACCGAGGUAUACUGGACUGUGCACGACAACAGCUUGCCAGAUCACCGCCCCUUCUUGGCUUAGUCUUCUGAUAGCUUCGAAGAUGCUAUCUGGAGCUCUCACGCGUCCUGACAGAAUGGCGUAGGGUGUGAAACACGUGUCAUGCCACCACCUCUUCAGCUACACUCAUCACUUGUCGCGUAUCAUGUUACUGAGGUUCACAGGCACCAGCGAUCGAGAGAAAGAAAAGUCAAGCUGGGACAGCCGUUGCCUAUUUGACAAGGAAUGAACAAAUUCAAGGGAUAGUGAUUGUGCGAAGAUCCAAUCUCAACACCCAAGACCUCGAAUCUUAUCAAUCAACGCGGUGGUUUGGAGGAAGCCUAAAUGAAACAGGCAACCAAUUACUGGGAGGCUAAAAGGCACAAGGAACCUGCGGUAAUUAUGACAUUCGUCGUCCCCCAGAC